CACACACACACACACACACACACACACACACACACACACACACACACACACACACACACACACACACUCACUCACUCACUCACUCCCACUGUAGCCUUAUACAGUGCCUAUCUGCGCCGUUCAGACUUUCUUCCACUUUUAUCAUCGUGUCUCCGUGUUAAAGUGUCACCCAAGUAUUGCUUGUGCGCGGAGGACUUACAUUACCUGUGCGCACACGGAACUGGAACAUCACGCAAGUCGAAUCGGCGCAUCCGCGGCGCGUGAGCAACAUCUGGAUUAAAGCAGAUGCAGAGUCGCCAAAAAUCAGAAAUCCCAACAGGGCUGCGUGAUCCUGAGCGAAAUCAACUAUGCUCAUAUUACGCCGGACUAUUGGCCAGUCUCUGCUCAAUCUGAUGGAUUAAGGAACAGAGCUGAGGAGUGUGAGAGAGAGAGAGAGAGAAAGAGGGAGAGAAAGGAAUAGAGAGGGAAAGAGAGCGCACACGGAGCGGCGCAGCAGGAUGAUUAAGAAACAAGAGCAGAAGACCUUUACACAAGUUCUGCUGCUCAUCUGCAUGCUAACACUCUUUCUAUCACCGAUCCACAUCGCAGGACAUAAAGCAGUUCACCAUGUCAGGACAGGAACAUGUGAAGUUGUAGCAUUACAUCGAUGCUGCAAUAAGAACAAGAUAGAGGAACGUUCUCAGACCGUCAAAUGCUCCUGCUUUCCGGGACAAGUGGCUGGAACCACCCGAGCAGCACCUUCAUGUGUAGACGCCUCCAUAGUGGAGCAGAAGUGGUGGUGUCAGAUGCAGCCCUGUCUGGAUGGAGAGGAGUGUAAGGUCCUGCCUGAUCUUAAAGGCUGGAGCUGUGCUACAGGGAACAAGAUCAAGACCACAAAGAUCUCUUCUGACCGGGAUCAGCUUUGGUAGCGGAUGGAAACUAGAUACAGGUUGACUGAGUCGGAGAUCCGUCUGAAGGCUCCUCGUCCUUACCUGUGGAUCUGAUUUGUGUAAAGACUGUUUUGUAACAGACACAGAACGAAGCACUGAAGGUUUUCCAGGGACAUCGAUGACGUGAAAACAUCUGGACGCUGUUCUGUACCGUAGCUUUAUAAAGCUUGUUGUGGAUUUCUGUAGUUACGUAUUGCUUGCCUUUUUUUGGACUAAUGGCUCACUUAUGGCACAAUUUCCUUUAUACGGAUCCACAUGGAUCCAAGUGUGACAACCAUUUUGCCUCAAGAGUACAGUACAGUUAUUUAGUUUAGCUUAUAAAUGCAAAUAGACUUAAGGAUUUAAACACUGGCAAUGUAAAAGUGCAAAGCUGCAUAAGAUUCCAAUAUUUGUAAACUUUGUUUGUGUAGAUCAGAAAGCCUAGACGUUCAAAUAUGAAUGUUUGUAUACGCCUUUAACUAAAAAUGACAAUUUAGAAAGUUAUGGGAUUCAAACAAAAAGGUUUUUUUUUUUACAUACUGUAUAUAUAGUUGCAGAUGCUUCCUCAUAUGUACUGUAUGUCAGAAAGAAAAUGACUCCAUAAUAAACCACAUUUGUCUUUAAACCAUUUGUGUGCGUUAAAGCAAAGAAAUCCUACUGAAAAAUAUUCAAACCAAACCUCAUCAAACGAACAGUUGUUGCUUAAAAGAGCUGAAAGGUUUGAUUCUGUAACGUGGUCAGCUUACAUGGUUAAUUAA